UUGAAAGAGGCUCGAACCCGCUAUCUUUGGAGUCUGAAUGGCAACCGAGUCUUGCCUUCGUCUUCUAUACACCUGCAGAAACAUUUUCCAUAUCAGACAAGUUCAUGCCAACGCAUUAAUCAAUGGAACAUUCAACAAUCUCAUUGUUGCAAACAAACUCCUUCACUUCUAUGUUCAACACAAAGCAAUCAACGAUGCAUAUUACCUGUUCGAUGAAAUGCCAACAAGAGACCCAACAACUUGGAGUAUCAUGGUUGGUGGAUUUUCCAAGCUUGGUGACUAUAACAAUUGCUAUGCAACCUUUAGGGAGAUUCUUCGAUGUAACAUAACGCCUGAUAACUACACUUUGCCGUUUGUUAUUAGAGCUUGUAGGGAUAGAAAGGAUAUUCAAAUGGGUCGAAUGAUUCAUGACGUGGUUUUGAAAUAUGGGUUGGUAUUGGAUCAUUUUGUUUGUGCUACGCUUGUUGAUAUGUAUGCAAAGUGUGCGGUGAUUGAGGAUGCUAGGAAGUUGUUUGAUGUGAUGGUUAGUAAGGAUCUUGUGACGUGGACGGUUAUGAUUGGUUGUUAUGCAGAUUAUGAUGCUUAUGAGUCGUUGGUUUUGUUUGAUCGGUUGAGGGAAGAAGGGUUUGUUUCUGAUAAGGUUGCUAUGGUGACGGUUGUUAAUGCUUGUGCGAAAUUGGGAGCUAUGCAUAGGGCUAGGUUUGUUAAUGAGUAUAUUUGUGGGAAUGGUUUGUCUUUGGAUGUUAUAUUAGGGACUGCGAUGAUUGAUAUGUAUGCUAAGUGUGGAUGUGUUGACUCUGCAAGAGAGGUUUUCGAUAGAAUGAAAGAGAAAAAUGUUAUUUCGUGGAGUGCCAUGAUUGCUGCUUAUGGAUAUCAUGGGAAGGGGAAAGAAGCUCUUGACUUGUUUCAUAUGAUGUUGAGCUGUGGAAUUUCACCGAAUAGGAUAACCUUUGUCUCCCUUUUAUAUGCUUGUAGUCAUUCAGGAUUGACCGACGAGGGUCUUCACUUCUUCGAUUCAAUGUGGAGAGAUUAUGGUGUUAGACCUGAUGUCAAACAUUAUACUUGUGUGGUUGAUCUUCUUGGACGUGCCGGGAGGCUAGACGAGGCAUUGAAAUUGAUUGAGACCAUGAAUGUUGAAAAAGACGAGAGGCUGUGGAGUGCUUUGCUUGGAGCAUGUAGAGUUCAUGGGAACAUGGAGUUGGCAGGAAAGGUAGCCGAGUCUCUACUUGAACUACAGCCAAAAAAUCCAGGGAUUUAUGUAUUACUAUCUAAUAUUUAUGCAAAAGCCGGUAAGUGGGAAAAAGUGGGAGAAUUUAGGGAUUUGAUGACGCAGAGGAAGCUGAAAAAAGUUCCUGGAUGGACAUGGAUCGAAGUGGAUAACAAAACAUAUCAGUUUAGUGUUGGAGAUAGAUCUCAUCCUCAAUCGAAGGAGAUCUAUGAAAUGUUGACUAGUGUAAUUAAGAAGUUGGAGAUGGUUGGGUAUGUACCUGAUACAGAAUUUGUGUUGCAAGAUGUUGAGGAAGAAGUUAAGAAAGAAAUGCUGUACACCCAUAGUGAAAAGCUUGCUAUUGCAUUUGGCUUAAUUGCCAUCCCAAACAAGGGUGAUCCUAUCAGGAUCUCUAAAAAUCUGAGAGUCUGUGGUGAUUGUCACACGUUUUGUAAGAUGGUAUCAGACGUUAUGAAAAGGUCUAUAAUUGUUCGGGACGCAAAUCGCUUUCACCAUUUUAAUGAAGGGGCUUGCUCAUGUGGGGACUAUUGGUAGCAUUAUGUAGCACCGAAACUUCAGUUUGAAGGCGUGUCCGGUGCUCGUUUCAAUGCUUCAUAUGACAAUCUACGGCUUGCUCCCUUACAAUUAAUCUGUCUCACUUAAAGAGUGAAUGCAAAAGAUGUAUUCAGGGAACAGAGUUCUCAGAUUGAUCCUCUCAGUAAGAUUUAUUUUCCCACAGAACAUGGUGCACUUUAGGAUACACUUCUUUUGAAACCAGGAUACACUUAACAAGGGAGCAUAUUCAAAAUAGCAGGGGGCAUGUUUGGAUUUUCAUUGCAAACAACAUUUGGAAAUCCAAACGUAGGCGGGUUGUAGGGUGAGUGCAGCAUAUCACCUACCAUGGAUGAGUGAAAAAAAGGUGAGUGCAUGCUACACCAGGUUGUAUGGUAACUGUUAGACUGUAUUUUUCGACACACAUAAUUUGACAGAAGAAAAACAUGUUAAGUUGGGGUUAGUGUUUGUUUACAUUCCAGAUUCCAGAUGGUUGUUAGUUCGACAGAUUUUGGAACACUUGGCAUAUUGGAGAUUGCAAGACUAUUCAGUUUCGACUAAAGAAAUUUAAAUUGCUUAUGAAGAGGCAAGAUCAAAAGGUCGAAAACACGUGGGAGCUUGUCAAGAAAUCUGAGAGACAUAGCAAGACAGGUUUUUAUUUGUGACUGUUAUUUUCAGUUAUUUUCUUAAUUAGUGUAUAUAGUGGUUCUGUAUAGGAAAUAAGGGUCACAAAUCAUUUACAGAAACCUUAAACACUCAAAUUAUCCAAGUUACAGCGAGAAACGAGUCUUAGGAAAAUGUAUGUAUGAUUUGAUGUACCAGUUUUCUUCAUUUAUUCAAUCAAAUGCUUUUCUUUAAA